AUGCCGGUGCUGGAUCAUGUCCUGCUCCUCGCCGCGCUGCUCGUGCCUGAGACCGUCACCGCUGCCAACGGCAACUGCGACAAUGCCGACCUCCGUGACCCAAAGUUCCGCGAUGAUGAUAUGUGCCAAUGCCACACCGACUGCUGGCAGUACUUUGUGCGCGACGGCCGCCGGCUGGAGACAGAGGCAGGCCUGACUAGCAGGCGACACAUGCAGUCCAAUUCAGAGUAUUCAACGUGUAAGGGCUGCUGCGAUGAUGGAGCUUGCGCAUCCGCCGGUCUGGACGUUGGCGGGCCGGCCUGUGGCACGCAGAGUAGCAGCCCUCAGGGAUGGUGCACGGUUGGAAACUCGUGCGGACAGACGGGCGGACUCUGCUCAACUGCGCAAGACUGCAUUGCGCUGACGGAAGGGACAAAGUCCUGCACUGCAGAAAGCGGCGGUGCUGCCGCCUCUAGCUGCGACCAGCUCAGCGUGCAAGCCACCAUCACCAGUCGCGGCAUCGACCCGGACACGGACUUUCUCUUCUCAUCGCCGCGCGCCACGUGGGAGGAGCUGUGCGACGUCGUCGUUGCGUGGAACGCACGCUUUCCCGCCAAGCCGUUUCUAGCCGAGGCGAGCGACGGCAACAACAUCCUGACGCUUUCGGCGUUUCUCGGCAACGCCGCUCAGGAGUCGGCCAACUUUCAGGCGUGCGGCGAGUACGUCGCUCCGUGUCCCGCCCAGUUCUCAAAUGGAGAGUGGAAUCACAUCUGCUCGGGUGGCGCACCCGACGACUAUGCGGAUGAAAACUGGGGCACAUGCUAUCAGACGCCCAUCGUCAGCAGCGACUCAUUCAGCAAGGGCGGCAGCCUGCCCGCCAAUGCGUGCGGCACGUCACCAACGUGCACGGACUGGGCAGACCGCCCGCUGUCGGGGACCUCGUGCUGGUUCGGGCGGGGCGCCAUCCAGCUAACCUGGAACUGCAACUAUGCCAAGGCGAACGUCCUUCUAAGCGAGCUUGGACAAGGUAUUGACAUAUGCGCCGACCCCUCCUCAAUUUGUGACAACGGGAAGUCCUUCUGGGGCGGCUCGCUCGCCUACUGGAUGCAGAACGUGCACGACGCGUACAUGCAGGACCACGUUGUCGACACGGCGAUGGCGUGCAUCAAAAACGGCUGCAGCGGCCCGUGGGUGGACGGCGAGGGCACCUGGACCGGCUCCGGCCACGCGGUGCGACGCGAGAAUUAUCGCAGCUCCGAGGCGCCAGCAAACGCCUGCGCUCCGUGCGCCAUCGAGGGCGAUUGCGGCGGGACGGGGAGCGCCCCCUGGUUCUGCUUUAUCGACUACCAGCGGCGCGCGCAGUCGUCCUUUAGCGACGCCGAGCUGAAGCAGGCGCUGGUUGCGAGCUUCAAGGCGGCCGGGGCAACCGUCGCCGAGAGUCAGAUACUCCUCGCUCCAAGCAGUAGCGAGGUGACCUACAACGGCUCCGACUACGCGGGGACCGUCGUCGGGGGCGUCUUCACGCUGUUUGGUCUCCUCGGCAACGUCAUCCACGCGGGCGUCUCGAACACUCAUCUCCGAACAGGCCACCACGACAGCCUCGACCUCAUCUUAUGGGCGGCGACGCAGCCAGCGUUCCUCGCGACCCUCUCCGACGACCUCGGCGCCACCGUCAGCUUUGACUCCCCGCCCUCGCGCACGGAGACGCUGAUAACAGGCAGCGUCAUCCUCAUCGUAUGCGUCGCCACUGCCGUCGUUUUUCUGCUCUGCGGCGGUACGCUAAUCCUCUGGCUCUGCUAUUGCCGCCGCAAGCGGAGCAGGGGCGACGGUUCCGAGCGGUCGUUGAGAUAG